AUGACGAAGGAAAGCACUGAAGUUCGUCUAUCGCCUCGCAAGUCGAUAUGGUCUUCGGGGGUUCAACGAGGCCAGAGAGGAAGGUGGUUGAAGCAACGAGGAUGCGCCCUUCCGGCUGCUAGGUGCGAAGGAGGAUCGACUGGUGACAUCGUGGGUCGAUGGGUCGUAGUGGCUGGCAAAUCGCAAGAAGGGGAACACGAGGAAAUAGAAAAAUUGAUGCAGGGGCUGGCAGAUUUGUCGGGUAAAGAAGAGGAAAAUGGAAGCAUAUGGGGCUCGGCUGUGGUGCUCGAUCAGCAAGAUGGAGACGGACUGCCUCCCUCAGGCGACUGCAGGUAUGAACACGAAAUCAAAUGGGGGUCUUGGUGGUUGAAGGUAUGUUAUGCCUCAUUUAGACUCACUUGUUCCAACUUCCAAAGCUUCUUUAUUGUUCCGAGGCUUCUUCCGAAAUCCCUUUAUCUUUAUCCCCUCUUUUUGAUGAAAAGCUCCUCCAGAAAUAAACCAGGAAAGAUAUCUAUAAUCUGA